AUGAAGAAACUCAAAGGAAACCACAUGAAUCACUUUAGAGAAAUCGCUGAAGAUCAAAGGAUGGAGAGAACACCCGAUGGAGAUCGCGUCGAAGCAAUUGAUCCUGCAGUAGAUCGGCUUUGCCUAUCGUGUUACAGUGCGGUCUCUAACCUUAUAGAAAAUCAGAACAGUCAUCAAGAGUUAGAGUUCAAUGUUCUGCUACAAACCUCGCACACACAAUGUUGUAUUUGCCAUACUCAACAACAAAUUUCAUUAAUCCAGUGGCCCGCUAGGGUUGACGUCUUCAUCAAGCGAGAGAUAUUUAUUCCUGAGGGAUCAAGAUUAUGCAAGGACCACAUGGGUGAAGAUGGAAAACUUCUAUCAUUUUUAGUCCAAGGGCUGCAAGGCCAGCGAAGAACUAUCAAGUUGUCACCUAUUGAAAUCCAACGGUGGUUCAGUGUGCUCCGCACGAAUGCAAUCCGUAACCAAGCGCCAGACUACAAUGACGAAAACACAAUUGCUGACAAUGAUUUCUUUACCAUCACCUCAUUAAGCAAAGAUCAGUUCAGAAACUUGUACGAGCUGUGUGGGCCUGUGCAAGUUUCUGGACAUGAUAGAAUAGUAUAUAAAAUCGACUUGAUCAUGUUCCUUUGUAAGCUUAGGCAAGGAAUACCUGACGAAUUCUUGAAAGCAAUAUUCCACUACUCGACACGACAAGCAGUCAGCUUGGCGGUGAAUAAGGUUAGAGAAUCACUUAUGAGGGCAUUUGUAAGAACUAAUCUGGGCCCCGACAGUAUGACCCGACAACAAUUUAUUCAUCGACAUGUAUCAGAUUUUGCCAACCAACUGUACAACCCUAACCCGGAAAAACCUCAGGCCAUAUUGUGCAUUGAUGGCACAUACAUUGAAAUAGCCACUAGCUCUAACUUUAGAAUUGCCCGCCAAAGUUAUUGCAUGCACAAGAGCUACCAUCUUGUGAAGCCAAUCAUGAUAGUUGCACCAGAUGGUUAUAUUUUCGAUGUCCACGGCCCGUAUUUCUCAGAUUCAAAGAACAACGAUGCAAAAAUCUUAAUUGAUGAACUCCAGCGUGAUAUUCGUGGAUUUGGUCAGUGGAUUCAAGAGGGCGACAUCGUCAUCGUAGACUACGGUUACCGCGAAUCAAUCCCGACACUUCAGAGAUUAGGAAUACGAGCUAAAAUACCAAAUAUUGUGAGAGGAAGAGCCACGCGAGACCAGUUACCUACAGAAGAGGCGAACAAUAAUAGACUGAUCACCAAAAGCCGAUGGGUUGUGGAAGCGAGAAAUGGUCAUUUGAAAAGUGUCUUCAAAUUUUUCGCCCAUCGAGUGGAAUCUCACAACUGUGUGCAUUUAGGAGACCUAGUCAGGAUAGCCUGUGCACUAUUGAAUGCCUUCCAUCUACCAAUAACUAUGCCUGGCUACAACGCUGACGAAGCCAAAGAAAUGUUAAGAAUAGCUGCUCAACCUAACCAUCUCAUGCAACGUGUUCACGAUGAACGUCUAGAAACACGAGCUCCUACUCAAUGGUUCCCUAUGACUUCAGACCAUCUACCAGCUUUCCCACAUUUGUCGCUGCAGUAUCUACACGACCUUACUUUCGGAAAGUACCAGGUUAAGCUAGCCCCUGCUUACGUCCAGGAUAAGAAUACAAGGGACGGCGAGUACCGCUUCGAUUUAAGCCGCGAAAGCCCAGGGCUUCUAAGGGCUCAAGUUUAUUCCAGACACACUCGAGCUGCAAAAUACCAACUGUGGAUUCAGUUCCACGAGGUACCCUUUGAGGAAGCCUUAGCGGGAGAGCAACUGCCACACCCUCUUCCAAAUCCAAUUCAAGGUUGGUAUUGCCAGUGCAAAACAGGGGCUCGCACCUUGGGAACUUGUUCGCAUAUUGCAAGUGUACUCUGGUUCAUGGGCUGGGCAAGACACCAAGAUAAAUUACAAGCUCCAUCGCAUAGUCUCCUAGGCAUUAUCGAUGAUGCUGCCCACAGAGACGCUCCGGAGUUAUUUGAUGAUGCAGAUGACAACUGACUAACGUAAGUACUGCGCCAUCAUGUUAUUACAAUCAUCCUUACCAGCAAAGGUGUCCAAACCAUUCCUCAUAACGAUGGAUCAAAAUAGUUCUAACGGCAUCAAACAAACCCAUCAACCGACCAUGUCAAUUUAUAACUUAUCCGCUUUGGGUACAAGACACACACCGAGUAGAUAUAACCUGCUUAUAAAAGAUAAAGUUUUAAAAAUUGGCAAGAAAACUAAUUUCGUCAUCUUAAUCGCAUUUGGGCGCCGAGAAAAAUGGUAUGUCGCAUAAAAUAGUUCCCAGGAACCACACCCCCAGGGGGCGUGGUUUUGGAAUUUUGUAUACGCCGUCUUAAUCCGCUUUGUACGCUGAGACAAAUGAUAUGUCGCAUGAGAUACUUGCGUUGGAUUGAAAUAGUCGACAAUGACCACACCCCCAGUGGGUGUGGUUUUGAAAUUUUGAACAAGCGGUCGUAAUCGGCUUUGUGUGCUGAGAAAAAUGAUAUGUCGCAUGAGAUACUUGCGUUGGAUUGAAAUAGCCGACAGUGACCACACCCCCAGUGGGUGUGGUUUUGAAAUUUUGAACAAGCGGUCGUAAUCGGCUUUGUGUGCUGAGAAAAAUGAUAUGUCGCAUGAGAUACUUGCCUUGGAUUGAAAUAGCCGACAAUAACCACACCCCCAGUGGGUGUGGUUUUGAAAUUUUGAACAAGCGGUCGUAAUCGGCUUUGUGUGCUGAGAAAAAUGAUGUGCCGCAAG